AUGGACAGUGUCUUUGGUGAUACUGAUGAAGUGAAGUCAAUGUCAGUGAUGGAGGGACAAUCUGUCACUCUUCUUAAUGAUGUUGCUGAACUACAGAAAGAUGAUGAGCUUGAGUGGAGAUUUAAUAGCACUCGCAUAGCUAAAGCAAAAAUUCCUGAAUAUGAAAAUGAUGGGAGAUUCAGAGACAGACUGAAGCUGGAUCAUCAGACUGGAUCUCUGACCAUCACAAACACCAGAACCACAGACUCUGGAGAUUAUAAACUAAGCAUCAUUGCUGGGAAUAAGGAGAUAACCAAGAGAUUCAAUGUUACUGUUCAUGUUCGUCCGUCCACUCCUACCAUCACUCCACAAAAUCCUUCAUCUGAAAGUGCUGCAGUUGUUACAGCAUCAGGCCCACAAACUGCUUCUCAUUCUCCAGACUCUCUGAUUGUGCUGAUCUCUGCUGCUACUGCUGCUGCUGGAUUUCUGUUGAUUGGAGCAGCAGUUGUGAUCUUCUGGAUCUGCAGGAAAAAAAGUAGAGCAGAAAAAGAGGAUCAGACCCGUGGAGAAGAAAUAGCAUACGCUGAUCCAACAUUCUACAAAAGAAAUGCACAAAAAGUGGAAUCUGAAAUGACGGAAGUGAUUUACACAUGUUUCUCCACAGAACAAUGAUCAAACUCUCUUUCAAUCUGUU